AUGAAGCAAUCCAGCAUCAUGCCCCAGGCCCGGCCCCAAGCAGGCAUUGAUGAGGCUCGGCUGCAAGCCAGAGACAAGCUGCCCAAAGCGCCACCAGCUUACGCCGCACCGGCUGGCUCACCACUCACCGUCGACAAAGCCGCGUAUACCGCCUUCCAGCAAGCUCCCAGGGUCCUCAUCGAAGAGUUUACCAUCCCCGCCCGCUCAGGCAGAGCGUGGGAAGCUCCCGCCGGGUCAAUCAUACGAAUCAGCACGCCCGAGGGGCCCCAAGUCGGCGAUCUCAACAUCUGGAACCGGCACAACCCCCGCGAGCGCUUCUGGGCCGGCCGCACCAAGCAGCUUCACGCCUCGCACGUCAGCACGCACCACCGCCUGUGGUCGUGCCUGCCGUACAUGAGGCCGCUGGCCACCAUGGUGCACGACAGCCUGGCCUGGUACGGCGUCGACCGCCACGGCGGCCGCGUCCACGACCUGCUCGGCACGCGGUGUGACCCGUACGUCGGCGCCCUCCUCACGGGCGACCAGUACGACUACCACUGCCACUCGAACCUGACGCGCGCGGUGCAGCGCUUCGGGCUCGUCGAGUCGGACGUCCACGACGUGCUGAACCUCUUCCAGGUGACGGGGCUGGAUGAGCGAGGGCGGUACUUUAUGAAUCCGUGCCCGGCGCAGGCGGGCGACUGCGUGGAGUUUUUGGCGGAGCAGGACCUGUUGAUGGCUUUGAGCACCUGUCCCGGCGGCGACCUCUCGGCAUGGGGUUUCGGAAGCGACAACGUGAAGGAAAUGGUCAAGUGCUGCCGUCCGCUACACGUCCAGGUCUGCCGGCUCGAGGAUGGGCACCUCUUGGCCAAGCAUGGGUGGAAACCGGCGCAGGUGGCCAGCUACAGGGGCAUGCAUGGCGUGGUAUCACCCGAGGGGGAGAAGAGAUGA